UUUUUAGUAUAAAGUUAGAAUUGGUUCUGGGAAUACUUCAAGUUGAAAGCUGUUGAAGGGCUUUCUUCUUUCUUUUUUUUUGCAUCGUUAAUUUACCGUGUGUAUUUGUGUAUUUGUUUUAAAUGUCUUGUUUGCCUUCUAGGUGGAUGAUUGACUGAACAGGAAGUGAAUGCUAGAUGCACCAGUCACUGAUCUCACACUGUCAACAGCAGAAGAGCAGAUGGAUGUAGUUAUCUGGCCAUCGUUAAGUUGACAGGACCAUCCUGGAUUGUGUACCACAGUGGAAUUACCAUACUACUGGUCAGCAGACAAGUAAUGGACAUGCACAAGGAUUCCUCGUUUAUGGAUUUCAAUGGAGUGAUUUUUGUCUGAUCAAAACAUUUUCUAUAGAAGGCCAAGGCUUUCCCUACAAAAUAAUAAGGAGCUAAUAUUCUGGUCACAUUUUUACUGAGAUGUUAUUGUUUUCCAACGGCUUGAAGUGGAGCCUGUAAUUGUGAUGAAGACACGGCCUGUUUCUGUUCAUCAGAGCAACCCAGUGUUCAUGCUGUUAUAGCCAAGAAAUCUCCAGGGGAGGAAUUCUGCUCAGACAUCCCUUGGAAAUCUGAAUUUUCAAUAAGGGGCUUCUCUGUUUUUCGCUUCCCUGAAAAUUUCAUUUUUGUCUACCACUACACCAUGUAUCUAUCGAUGCAGAAGAACUUCAGGGCAUUUACUGUGUUAGCCUUUAUUGUAACUUUCACCAUGUUCCUCUUCAGUUUCACGUUGAGAGAUCCCUCUCUGUACUUCUUCAAAUAUGCCAUACGCAAGUCAGACAGCUUCUUCUCUAACGGCCAGUGUGGCUGUCGAGAGUGUAUGACAGAGCUGGACGACGACCCCUGGUUCACUGAGCGGUUCAACCUGUCAGUCCCCCCUCUGAUGUCUAGGAGGAACAGCCUGCUGACUACCGACACAUACCACUGGUGGCAGCGGUUGCAGGGACAGAAGGACCCGGCCAACUUCGGCGAGGUGGUGGAGAAGUUGUUCCAGGUCAUCCCUGAUGAUGACGACCUCUACAAGGACGCUGGGCCUGAGCGCUGUAGGACCUGUGCUGUGGUGGGGAAUUCUGGGAACCUCAAGGGCUCCCACUACGGACCCCUCAUCGACUCCAGUGAUGUCAUCAUCAGAAUGAACAUGGCUCCUACCUCUGGCUUUGAGGAGGAUGUUGGGAGCCGGACUACGCUUCAUGUCAUGUACCCAGAGAGCGCCAUAGAUCUGGACAACACCACCAGUCUUCUACUCAUCCCCUUCAAGACUCUGGACCUGCAGUGGAUCACCAGUGCCUUGACCACCGGGUCCAUCAACAAAACAUACUUUCCUGUCCGGUCCAGGAUUAAGGCAAACAAGAACAGGGUGCUGAUAUACAGUCCAACCUUCUUUAAAUAUGUCUAUGAGACAUGGCUGGAGCGUCAUGGCCGGUAUCCCUCCACUGGCUUCCUCAGCCUAUUGUUCGCUGUGCAUAUCUGUGAUAAGGUGAGUGUGUACGGGUUCGGAGCGGACCAGUAUGGGAACUGGCACCACUACUGGCAAAAGAAUUACCACGGAGGCGAAUUCCGCAAAACUGGGGUGCAUGAUGCGGACAUUGAGUACAACGUCACCAUGCUUCUGGCUGACAAACACAAGAUCAAUAUUUUCAAAGGCUUCUGAUAUCUGGAGAUGUCAUUGGCCUGAGACCAUCAAGCCUCAUCAGCCUAAAUCCUGUCGACUCAGGGAUUACCCACUGGGGAUAAACUGGUUGAAAUAACAUUGUUUCAACGGAAUGUCUAUGUAUCAUGAUGUGGAAUGCAUGUGUAAAAUGUAUUGGAUUUGCAAAAAGUAAUCAAUGUAAACGAUUGUUUUGAGGGUGAAAUUUCAACCAGGACUAUGUCAUGGUAACCUAUUUUUAAGACACAACUUAUAUAAAAUGUUACAUUUGUAUCUUUUUGUAACAAUGUCAGAUCUUUAAUGUUAUAUUGCGCUAAGCUGACAUAUGGAAUUGUUUUAGAUGGUCAUACUAUGAAUCCCUUAGCUAUUUGAUUUUGAAUUUUAGAACUCCUUUAGGUAUAACAACAUUUGAUCAUCUGAUAAAUGAUUGAUUUUGGCCUUUACUACUAAAGCACAUUGAUUGUCCACGUUGAAAUGACGUGGUGUGCCCAGUGGAUAUGGUUUUGAUACAGAGCUGAUGCUGGUUGAUUUAUAUAGUUGACUGAAACAAAACUAUUUCAUAUUCACAUUUAGCCACCAUGUACAGUUGUAACCCCAUAAAACAGAAGGGUGUCAAUGUUUUUUUGUAAUUAAGUGCCUUAUCCAUGAUAUUCAUAUUACUAGUUAAAACUUCUUGUCAAUAUGGGGGCGCUGUUUUCACUUUGUAAAAAUUUGUUCCCAAAUUAAACUGCCUCAUACUCAAUUCUUGCUCGUACAAUAUGCAUAUUAUUAUUACUAUUGGAUAUAAAACACUCUAGUUUCUAAAACCGUUUGAAUUAUAUCUGUGAGUAAAACAGAACUCAAGUUGGAGCAAACUUCCUGUCAGGAAGUGAGAAAGGGUCAGUUUAUUAAUUUGCAUGUAUUCAGGGUCAGUUUAUUAAUUUGCAUGUAUUCUAUUGGUCGACAUGCACUGCAUACGCCUUCCCCUAGAUGUCAGCAAGCAGUGAGAAUUGGAAUGGAGUUGCUAGGCAGAUCUGAGGCCAUAUAAAGGGUCUUGGAACGUGGGGUGCACUCUUUUCAACGUUCGCCAUGACGCGAGACAGACCUACUAUACAGACCGACAGACCUACUAAAACUACUAUUCCGCCAUUAAUUUCGGUGCGGUCUCGCUUUAACGCACGCUGUAUGUCGUAGUAACGUUAAUUUUAAAAAUCUAACAGCGGUUGCAUUAAGAACUAAUGUAUCUUUCAUUUGCUGUCCAACCUGUAUUUUUUAGUCAAGUUUAUGAUUAGUUAUUGAUUAGAUUAGGUGCCUCUCCCAAGAUUUCUCCCGACAUUUUCUUUGCAGCUUGGCUACUAUUCUCAUUGUAUACCACGAUUUGUGCCGCUAAAUAUGCACAUUUUCGAACAAACAAUAUAUGUAUUGUGUAAUAUGAUGUUAUAGGACUGUCAUCUGAUGAAGUUUUGAGAAGGUUAGUGAAAAAUGUCAUAUCUUUUGCUGGUUUAUUCGCUAUCGCUAAUGUGCAUGAAUCAAUGCUGCUGUGUGGUUGGCUAUUGUAGUAAGCUAAUAUAAUGCUAAAUUGUGUUUUCGCUGUAAAACACUUAAAGAAUCUGAAAUAUUGGCUGGAUUCACAAGAUCUUUGUCUUUCAUUUACUGUACGCUGUCUAAUUUUCAUAAAUGUUUUAUGAUGAGUAUUUAGGUAAUUCACGUUGCUCUCUGUAGUUAUUCUAGUUGCUUUGGUGAGAGUUGUGAUGGUGGCUGCAAUGUAAAACUAUGAUUUAUACCUGAAAUAUGCACAUUUUUCAAACAAAACAUAUUCUAUACAAUAAAUAUGUUAUCAGACUGUCA